AUAAUCAGGUAAGAGCUUUCAAUUUUUGCAUGGCCAUGAAGGCAAGAACACUCUACAAACCUCUAUAACAUUAUUAUAUUCUUUACCGACUCACUUUCCCUUUCUUUUGUGUCAAAGAAUAUAAUAUUAUAUCCUAUAACACUCACUUUCUCUUGAAGAUAUAUAUAGAUCCUUAUCUGAAAUCUAUUAGUAGUCUAAACAAGUACACUUGUCCAACCAAGAGAAAGCCACUGCAUGCAUGUACUUUGCUUCUUUCCCACCUUUCUACACUGUCUUUGAAUUUGUGUUGAGUUUCUUUCAAUCUGAAACCAUGAACACUAAUGUUUUCUCAUUAUCUGAUGGAAAUCUUGCAAUUAAUGGAAUCCCAUUACUCUCUGAGGUUCCUAGUAAUGUUUCAUUCAGUACCUUCUCUUCCAUAUUUCAAUCCACCAAUGCACCCUCUCAUCUUCUCCAUCAAGUCCUGUCUCAUUCUCACAAAGGUGGCUUCCUUGGUUUUUCCCAGCCAGAACCAUCAAACAGGCUAACAAACUCACUAGGCAAGUUCCAAAGCAGAGAUUUUCUCAGCAUCUUCAGGUUCAAAACAUGGUGGUCUACCAUGUGGGUUGGUAACUCUGGUUCUGAUCUUCAAAUGGAGACCCAAUGGGUUCUUUUAGAUGUCCCAGAGUUGAGCUCUUAUGUCCUUGUGCUUCCCUUGAUUGAAGGCUCAUUCAGGUCAGCACUUCAUCCUGGAAAUGAUGGCCAUGUUCUUAUCUGUGCUGAGAGUGGGUCUACCACUGUCUUGUCUUCAUCAUUCACUGCAAUAGCCUAUGUUCAUGUAAGUGACAACCCUUUUGCAGUGAUGAAACAAGCAUACACUGUUGCCAGAGUUCAUCUCAACACUUUCAGGCUCUUAGAAGAGAAGACUGUCCCUUCUCUUAUUAACAAGUUUGGUUGGUGUACUUGGGAUGCAUUCUAUCUUACUGUUGAUCCUGUUGGUGUUUUUCAUGGCUUGAAGGACUUUUCUGAAGGUGGGAUUCCACCAAGGUUUCUUAUCAUUGAUGAUGGAUGGCAAAGCAUUAGCUUGGAUGGACAGACUCCAUUGGAGGAUGCCAAGAACCUUGUUUUGGGAGGCACACAGAUGACUGCAAGGCUUUACAGGUUUGAAGAGUGUGAUAAGUUUAAGAAGUACAAAGGAGGGAGUUUGCUCAGUCCUAGAGCUCCUUCUUUUGAUACUAAGAAGCCAAAGAUGUUGAUUUCUAAGGCUGUUGAGAUUGAACAAGCUGAGAAGGCUCUUGAUAAGGCCAUUCAAUCUGGGGUCACUGACUUGAAGAGUUUUCAAUCCAAACUGGAAAUUCUGAGAAGAGAACUCAAUGAAAUGUUUGGUGGUGGAGAAGAUGAUGAUGUUGAUGCUGAUGAUUCAAGUGAAAACUCAUCUAAGUUUGGGUUUGAAGAUGAAGGCAUGAAAGCAUUCAUUAGAGAUGUGAGAAGCAAGUUCAGUGGAUUGGAUGAUGUUUAUGUUUGGCAUGCUCUUUGUGGUGCUUGGGGAGGAGUGAGGCCCGGAGCCACUCAUCUGAAUUCGAAGCUGAUUCCGGUGGAGCUAUCUCCGGGCCUCGCUGGAACAAUGAAUGAUCUCGCCGUGGUGAAGAUCAUUGAAGGCGGUAUUGCUCUCGUUUAUCCUGAUCAAGCAAAUGACUUCUUCGAUGCGAUGCAUAGCUAUCUCUCAAAUUCCGGGAUCACUGGAGUGAAAGUAGAUGUCAUACAUACGCUAGAGUAUGUUUGCGAAGAUUACGGUGGUAGAGUGGAGCUUGCAAAGAAAUAUUACAAAGGAAUUACAGAUUCCCUCAUCAAAAACUUCAAUGGAAAUGGACUCAUUUCCAGUAUGCAACAGUGCAAUGAUUUUUUCUUUUUAGGCACUUGGCAAAUAUCAUUCGGAAGAGUAGGGGAUGAUUUUUGGUUUCAGGAUCCGAACGGAGAUCCAAUGGGAGUGUAUUGGUUACAAGGAGUACAUAUGAUGCAUUGCGCAUACAAUAGCUUAUGGAUGGGUGAAAUGAUAUGGCCGGACUGGGACAUGUUCAAGUCCGAUCAUGAAUGCGCUAAAUUCCACGGCGGCUCAAGAGCAAUCUCCGGCGGUCCGGUGUAUGUCAGUGACUCUGUUGGUGAUCAUGACUUCGAACUUAUAAAAAUGCUUGUCUUCCCUGAUGGAACAAUCCCCAAAUGCGAGCGUUUCGCACUUCCUACUAGAGAUUGCCUAUUCAAGAACCCUCUCUUUGAUGGCCAAACCAUCCUUAAGAUUUGGAACAUCAACAAGUUUGGUGGAGUUAUUGGAGCAUUUAAUUGCCAAGGAGGAGGAUGGGACUCAAAGGAGAAAAGAAUCAAAGGUUACUCACAUUGCUACAAACCAAUAUCUGGCAAAGUUCAGGUGAGAGACAUUGAAUGGGAACAGGGGAAAGAAGAAGCAGGUGAAACAUAUGCAGUGUAUCUGAACCAAAGUGAACAGCUGCUCUUAAUGACAUUUGAUUCAGAUGGCAUUGAAAUAACCAUUCAACCAUCCUCCUUUGAAAUCUUUACCUUUGUUCCAGUUAAGAUUGUCAGUAAGGACAUCAGUUUUGCACCAAUUGGACUUGUUAACAUGUUUAACAGUGGAGGAACAGUGGUUGAGUUUGAAACAGUGCAUGAGGUUGUGAGGAUCAAGAUCAAGGGAGAAGGGAAGUUCUUGGCUUAUUCUAGUGAGAAGCCAAAGAGUGUUUUGGUGAAUGGAAUUGAUGAAGGAUUUGAGUGGUUUACUGAUGGGAAAAAGCUCAUGGUUUCUGUUUCUUGGGUGAAAGUCAAUUCUGGAGUUUCUCAAAUUUGUGUAUCUUAUUGAUGCUUUUAAUUACUGUUUUUUUCUUUUAAAAUAUAAUUAUUCUGUUCUGUUUA